AUGCAGGCCGACAGCGUUGACCCCGCCACCUUUUCACUUCGACCGGAGCACCGACAGAAGUUCCGCCCGGCUGAAAUCCGGCCCAUUGUUCGUAGUAUCAUCGAGUCUCGACUGGAGGGCGAGACGUACCGGGCGGAUGAGAUGCAAAGCAUCAGCAAAGAAGUUGCCGACACGGUGCGGGAUCGCAUUCGCGCGAUGGAGUUGGAGCGGUACAAAAUAAUGGUGCACUGCAUGAUUGGCGAGCAGCGCGGGCAGGGCGUGCGGGCGGGAUGUAAAAUGUUUUGGGACUCCGACACCGAUGAUUACUUUGAGGAGGUGUACAUCACAGAGGAUCUCUUCGUUGUGGUCACCGUGUUUGGACUCUAUCAGUAUUAG